UGCCGGAGCAAGAAAGGGCUGCUUGAGGAGAGAUGCUGCACCCUGCACCGCGCUGGGCUUAAGGAUUCAGGGCGCGAAGAGCGAAGUCCACCCGGAAUGCAGCGCUGCUGGGGAUCCAGGCGUCCCCACCCACUGGGCUCUGCUCCGCGGUCACCCCUCCUCCCGGUUGGGACAGGUGGAACUCUGCCAUUGUCCAACAUGCUGCGAUUCAGUCUCUCACCCACCUUUUCGAUGGGAUUUCAUGUGUUAGUCAUGGUGGCUCUCUUGUUUUCCCACGUGGACCAUAUAAGCGCUGAGACAGAAAUGGAAGGAGAAGGCAAUGAAACCGGCGAGUGUACUGGCUCCUAUCACUGUAAGAAAGGGGUGAUUUUACCCAUUUGGGAGCCCCAAAACCCUUCCUUUGGGGACAAAAUUGCUAGAGCGACUGUGUAUUUUGUGGCCAUGGUCUACAUGUUUCUCGGAGUCUCUAUCAUUGCCGACCGAUUCAUGUCCUCUAUAGAAGUCAUCACGUCUCAAGAAAAAGAAAUCACCAUAAAGAAACCCAAUGGAGAGACCACCAAGACUACUGUGAGGAUCUGGAAUGAGACGGUGUCCAACCUGACCUUGAUGGCCCUGGGAUCUUCAGCUCCAGAGAUUCUGCUUUCAGUAAUCGAGGUGUGUGGCCAUAACUUCACUGCAGGAGACCUCGGUCCUAGCACCAUUGUGGGGAGUGCCGCAUUCAAUAUGUUCAUCAUUAUUGCACUUUGUGUUUACGUCGUCCCAGAUGGGGAGACAAGGAAGAUUAAGCAUUUGCGUGUGUUCUUUGUGACAGCAGCCUGGAGCAUCUUUGCCUAUACCUGGCUUUACAUCAUUUUGUCUGUCAUCUCUCCUGGGGUCGUGGAGGUCUGGGAAGGUUUGCUUACUCUCUUCUUCUUUCCCAUCUGUGUUGUGUUCGCUUGGGUGGCAGAUAGGAGGCUUCUGUUUUACAAGUAUGUCUACAAGAGGUACCGGGCUGGCAAGCAGAGGGGAAUGAUUAUUGAACAUGAAGGAGACAGGCCGUCUUCCAAAACAGAAAUUGAGAUGGAUGGGAAAGUGGUCAAUUCCCACGUUGACAGUUUCUUAGAUGGUGCUCUAGUUCUGGAAGUCGAUGAGAGGGACCAAGAUGAUGAAGAAGCCAGACGAGAAAUGGCUAGGAUUCUGAAGGAACUCAAGCAGAAGCAUCCGGAGAAGGAAAUAGAGCAAUUAAUAGAAUUAGCCAACUACCAAGUCUUAAGUCAGCAGCAAAAAAGUCGAGCAUUUUACCGAAUUCAGGCUACCCGCCUGAUGACCGGAGCAGGCAACAUCCUAAAGAGGCAUGCAGCUGACCAAGCCAGGAAGGCCGUCAGCAUGCACGAGGUCAACACGGACGUGGCUGAAAAUGACCCUGUCAGUAAGAUCUUCUUUGAACAAGGAACAUAUCAGUGUCUGGAGAACUGUGGUACGGUAGCCCUGACCAUUAUCCGCAGAGGUGGUGAUUUGACCAACACUGUGUUUGUUGACUUCAGAACAGAGGAUGGCACCGCCAAUGCCGGGUCUGAUUACGAAUUUACCGAAGGAACUGUGGUCUUUAAGCCUGGUGAGACCCAGAAGGAAAUCAGAGUUGGCAUCAUCGAUGACGACAUCUUUGAGGAAGAUGAGAAUUUCCUUGUGCAUCUCAGCAACGUCAAAGUAUCUUCUGAAGCCUCGGAAGAUGGCAUCCUGGAAGCCAAUCAUGUCUCUACACUCGCUUGCCUGGGAUCUCCCUGCACUGCCACCGUGACUAUUUUUGAUGAUGACCACGCAGGCAUCUUUACUUUUGAGGAACCUGUGACUCACGUGAGUGAGAGCAUUGGCAUCAUGGAGGUGAAAGUGUUGAGAACAUCUGGAGCACGCGGAAAUGUUAUCGUUCCCUAUAAAACCAUUGAAGGGACCGCCAGAGGCGGAGGGGAGGACUUUGAGGACACGUGCGGAGAGCUCGAGUUCCAGAACGAUGAAAUUGUCAAAACAAUAUCAGUCAAGGUAAUUGAUGAUGAGGAGUAUGAGAAAAACAAGACCUUCCUCCUUGUGAUUGGCGAGCCCCGCUUGGUGGAGAUGAGUGAGAAGAAAGCCCUGUUAUUGAAUGAGCUUGGUGGCUUCACAAUAACAGAGGAAUGUGAUGACAAGCAGCCGCUGACCAGCAAAGAGGAGGAGGAGAGGCGCAUUGCAGAAAUGGGGCGUCCCAUUCUGGGAGAGCACACCAGGCUGGAAGUGAUCAUUGAAGAAUCCUAUGAGUUCAAGAGUACCGUGGACAAACUUAUUAAGAAGACAAACCUAGCCCUCGUGGUUGGGACAAACAGCUGGAGAGAACAGUUUAUCGAAGCGAUCACUGUCAGUGCUGGGGAAGAUGACGACGACGAUGAAUGUGGGGAGGAGAAGCUGCCCUCCUGCUUCGAUUACGUGAUGCACUUUCUGACUGUGUUCUGGAAGGUUCUCUUCGCCUUCGUCCCCCCUACAGAAUACUGGAAUGGCUGGGCGUGUUUCAUCAUCUCCAUCCUCAUGAUUGGCGUGCUGACGGCUUUCAUCGGAGACCUGGCUUCCCACUUUGGCUGCACCAUCGGCCUGAAGGAUUCCGUGACUGCGGUAGUGUUCGUGGCGCUUGGAACCUCAGUGCCAGACACGUUUGCAAGCAAAGUGGCCGCCACCCAGGACCAGUACGCAGAUGCAUCCAUAGGUAACGUCACAGGCAGCAACGCAGUGAAUGUCUUCCUGGGAAUUGGCGUGGCCUGGUCCAUCGCUGCCAUCUACCACGCGGCCAACGGGGAACAGUUCAAAGUGUCCCCUGGCACGCUAGCUUUCUCCGUCACUCUCUUCACCAUUUUUGCUUUCAUCAAUGUCGGGGUGCUGCUGUAUCGGCGGAGGCCAGAAAUCGGAGGUGAGCUGGGUGGGCCCCGGACUGCCAAGCUCCUCACAUCCUGCCUCUUUGUGCUCCUGUGGCUCUUGUACAUUUUCUUCUCCUCCCUGGAGGCCUACUGCCACAUAAAAGGCUUCUAAAGGAACAAUCAGAUGUAGUAAAUUUAUAUAUAUAUAUAUACAUAUAUAUACAUAAAAAAUUAUGUAUAACGAACAGAAGAAACUGACAUUUGUCAUGUCCACUUACCUGCUGAUGGAAUCCAGCUUCACAAGCAGACUGUACUAGGGCCGGAGUGAGAAGGCGUCACCUCCUGUUCCCAGGGGCUUCGUCACGUUGAACCAGGCAUGGAGGCAGGGCCAUCUUUGCAGCUCAGCCUCUGAGGGCUGUGUUCUCCCCGGGUUCAUAAAUCGUUAAGUCUUUGAUUUGUUUUCUGUUUGUUUUUGCUUGUUUGGGGCGGGGGUUGGGGAGGUAGUUGAUGUUAGGCUUUUGUUUUGUUUUUUUUUUUGGGGAGGAUCAGGGUUUUUGCUCCUCUUGUGGGAGGUGAUGACCAAUCUAAAUGCAAAUGGGUUUUGGGUAAAAAUGGAAAUCAUUAAGAUUACUCUCCCUUCCCCCAAACAUUUAAAAAAUUAUUUUGGAUUAAGAGAGAGAGAGGAAAUGGGCAUGGAAAAAGAAAGCAGCAUGUCUUCACCAUAUAACUAAAUUUCAUGCUCAACUCUGGGACGGGAGCAGAGGUGAAGCUGCCUCCAAGAAGAAGCAUGGCAGCUGGAAUGGAGCCCAGAAAAGUCAUGGUCCUAGAUAGAGUCGGAUAGUGAAAGAUAGGAUGCCUGGCACUCUUGUUCACCAGGUACAGGAACAUCGUGCCUAGAUUCCCAGGAACAUGCAAAAUCCUUUCUUAUCUCUUUGGCACUGGACUGUGAUUAGCAAGGCCCUUAUAGUCUGGUGUUCCAGCCCUGCUAACCCCCCAGGCCCCCCCACCCCACCCCGCCUCUUCCUGCUCACCACCCCUCAUACAAACAGGAAGAACAACCCCAUUCCCAAAGCACAUCAUCCUUUUCCAUUUGCAUCAGUAUGUGUCCCAGUCCCAUGUUGCUCUUGCCUGGGAUCGUCCGUCAGUCCUGUUUUCAAAAGCAUCCAUGGCCUGCACACUCCUGUUCCAGUCAUGACCGGACGUUUGCUCCUCCUUCAUGUGCCUGUUUGGGAAUGUUGUUGUGAUACCUGUUACACAGUGCAUGGAUGAAAAACAAAUACAACAAAACAAAGCGUAUCUGUAUAUAGUAGAGUAUAGCAUAUACUGUUCUCCCAUUAGACAACGUUGAUUGAUUGGGCACUGAAGACAUAAGUGAGUUUUCUUUUCACCCGAGUUGUAACUUUUGUGUUGUUACUGAGUUUGAUUAGGGAUAAAAGGAGAAAAUGGCUCAUUCAUGGAUCUGCAUGUUCAUUUCUAAGAAGCAAUAACUGUCUGUUACAUGGGAAGUUAAAGCUAUUGAGAGGACAGUAGGCAAACUACAAAGUACCUUCGUGGAAAAUCAGCCACUUGGUACACAUCAGAGCCUCAAAAGCUCACCCGUUGGUUCAGGAAGGCCGAGGAGGAGGGCAUGUAGAGAAGGGGAUGCGUUAGGUGUGCCUGAGCUUUGAAAGGCUCCAUUCCCACAACACCCCUGCCCCCAAAGUAUUUAUUUCACAUCUGCUCUGUCUGGCACAGAUGGUAGAUAGUGCUGGUUUGUUCAUUUUAUUUUUGUAUGUAAAAGGCAAUUUGGACCCCUGUUUCUUUCACCGUCCAGACCCCUCUGAUUGUACGUGCAGUUCCUGAGGAGGAAAGAAGCCACGGUGAGCAACAGGCCUUUAAAAGUGUAUCUUCUCUACUUAGGACUAAGGAGGAAGCAAUUAAAUGGGAUGAUGAGUGCCCCCCGGGAGCAUUGCCCUGGGAGAUUUUUAACCCUGGAAAAGGAAUGGCUCUUUCUGUUUCACAGUAUUCAGAGAGUGUGGAUAAAGCCAACAUUCCAAAGCCAUGAGUCCACGAAUGAGGUAUAAAUGGAAUGACUUAGGUCCCCUCUCAGACACUUCUCUAUCCAUAAAGAAUCCCAGGCCAGAGACACCCCUAAGCCCUCUGUAUUGAUUCAAAGAUACUUAACGCUCAACAAUUUUAAUUUGUGUUUUCUUCCACUUAAUAAUCACGCUCAUUCAUCAUUUAAUAAACAUUGGGUGACCGAAUGAAUAAUUAAAUGCUGGUUACCCACUUUGAGGGCAAACUCUAACCCAUUUUUUUUGUUUUUUGAAGAUUUAUUAAAUAGAAAGCUAGCCUAGGAACACCAAGUAAAUUGUCAAGGGAUAUGAGUUGUUGAAACAUUAGAAAGACUUUGCCCUCCUUUCUAGCCAUAUUUGGAAUGUUAAUAAUCCCAUCGCAAAUUUUCACAAAGGACUUUAAGAAAUCCUUGCUGUUGGUCAACUUCAAAGCUUUUUGGUUUGUUUGCUUUUUAAAUUUUCCUGUUUUAGAGAAAAUAUGAUUCUGGUUGUUCAGGGUUGUAUUAGGAAUUAUAGUCGUGUAAAAUUAUUUUGUUCGAUUAUUUUGUGUGUAUUAUGCACAGCUUGGGGGGGAAGUGCACUGAUUGUGCUGUUCCUUAUAAAUGGUACACACUAUUGACACAGACAAAUAAAGUUUCUAAUUGUUUCUGAUUUAAUCACUAGUGAUACAGCAUAUUCUGUAUGGAAUGUUUUC